AUGAAUCGACAACGAGAGGCCGAAAAGGCCCUCCACGAUCAAACAAAUAUCUUGCCCUUCGCACAGCUUAUGGUUGUCUUCACUAGCUUGGCAAUCUCGUUACUGAUAUGCAUGGUGGAUCAGAAUGGAAUCAGUGUGACAUUACCGACUAUCUCUCGCGACCUCAGUGCCCAGAACACAAUAUCAUGGGCUGGAACCUCGUCGCUGAUUGCAAACACCAUGUUCACAGUGCUGUACGGCCGAAUCUCCGACAUCUUUGGUCGGAAGAUCGUCUAUCUAUCUGCAUUGCUAACCCUCUGCAUUGCGGACUUGCUGUGCGGCCUAUCGCAAAAUCCAGCCAUGUUCUACGCCUUCCGUGGCUUGGCUGGUAUUGCCGGUGGCGGCGUCACUUCAUUGACGAUGAUCAUCGUCUCUGAUAUUGUGACUCUAGAGAGACGAGGAAAAUACCAAGGCAUACUGGGUGCAGCUUUGGGGCUGGGAAAUGUCAUCGGGCCAUUCAUAGCUGCUGCAUUCAUCAUGCGCUCAACGUGGCGUGGCUUCUUCUGGCUGAUCUCUCCUCUGGCUGCUUGUUCUGCGGUCAUUGGAUAUUUCCUGAUUCCGAAUAAUGCUGGGAAGGGCAGUUUCUGGGUGAAUGUUGCUCGCAUUGAUUGGUUCGGUGUGCUCGCAUCGUCUAUUGGAAUCAUCUUCCUUUUGAUUCCUAUCUCUGGGGGUGGCUCAUACUUCCCAUGGGACUCACCGAUGGUUAUAAGUAUGCUUGUCAUUGGAAGUUGCUCUUUGAUUGCAUUCCUGUUCAUUGAGUGGAAAGUGGCUAUGCUGCCCAUGCUACCAGUGGUUUUCUUUAAAAAUAAGGUUGUCUCUACAAUCUUUCUGCAAAGCUUUCUGCUUGGUGCAGUCUACCAAGCAAACCUAUAUUACUUGCCGCUGUACUACCAAAACGCCCGUGGAUGGUCACCUAUCGUUUCUGCAGCGAUGACAUCUCCAAUGGUUGCAGCUCAGUCAAUCUUCUCGAUCAUCUCCGGACAGUACAUCUCACGACUGAAACGUUAUGGUGAAAUCAUUUGGAUUGGAUUUGGUCUUUGGACAUUGGGCUCGGGCUUGAUGCUCUUAUUCACGGAUAGCACUCACCCAGCCAUUGUUGCCGUGAUUGUAUUUAUCAGUGGCGCGGGAGUUGGUUUCACCUUCCAGCCCACCCUCAUCGCCUUGCAGGCCCAUUGCACAAAGUCUCAACGAGCAGUGGUGAUCGCAAAUCGGAACUUCUUCCGGUGCAUGGGUGGCGCAUGUGGUCUCGCUAUCUCAGCUGCGAUCUUGCAGGCCACUCUUCGAUCGAACCUACCGACCAAGUUUGCAUACUUGGCGGAAUCCUCUUACUCCCUUCCUGACAAAUCGAAUCUCAGUUCCACUGAAUGGGCCUCAAUCUUAUUGGCAUAUACCAAGGCCUCACAUGCAGUUUUCAUCUUGCAGGUCUGCCUCAUUGGCGUCUGUUUCCUUGCAUGCGUGUUUAUUCGUGACAGGGGAUUGGAGCGCCCCAAGGAGCCCGAAGAAAUCGAAGAGGAAAAGCGCAAAGCGCAGGAGAGAGAUGCUGAAGCCGCUGUGGUUGAUCGUCCAGAAGAACCAGUCACCCACCAGACACCUGGAAAUAUUGAGAAGCGUCCUUCCGCGUCUACGCUCGCCGAGUCGUCGAUGCCACCUUCCCGGGUGGAGCUUGGCGCCGAGAAGGAGAGGCACACCGAGUGA